AUGUCGAGCUCACCAGCAUCACAGGGUUCUACUGCCCUAACACUAAUUCCUCUCAUGUUUGCUGGUUGCGUGGUCAGCUAUCUCGUUGGAAUCUAUCGCAGUUACCAGACGCUUAGCCACUUCAAAGGACCCCCUCUAGCUGUGUUCACCAGCUUGUGGCUUGCUUCACCGGCCAUCAAUGCUCGCAUGCCAACCCCCCAGAAAGAGACGCUCAAGAAAUAUGGCCCCAGUCUGUUGGUCACGGAUGACCCCGAGCUACUGGGGCACAUGAGUGCUCUUAGGUCUAAAUGGACACGGAGCUCGUGGUACGAGGGCAUGAAGCUAGUCCCCAGAGCUAACAACAUCUUCUCGGAGCGCGAUGAACGACGACAUGCCGAGAUGAGGUCGAAGACGAUAGGGGCAGUAAAUCCACCCGAGCUAUAUGCGUUUCCUAUAACUUUGGUGUUGAUGGUCUUGAUUGUGCUGACCGGUGACAAGUAUUCUAGGAAAGAGGUUGACACGUUGGAAUCCGACUUUGACGAGAAGCUGCAGAGGCUGCAAGCCCUGAUUAGACGAGAGUAUAACGGGAAGCCUCUUGACGUGUCACUGGUGGCAUCUUUGUUCACCUUGGAUGUGCUGAGCCAAAUCGCAUUUGGGGAUGCUUUUGGCUUCGUCGCCGCCAAGAGAGACCUCUCCAAUUUCAAUGAGAGUGCAAACCAAUUCUUCAAGGUGAUAGAGUUGAUCCUCAAUCACGAUACUCUGCGCACAUGCAUCCAAAGCCGGUCGGUGCAGAAAAUAUUGGCUCCGAAAGGCACAGAUGAGUUCGGCCUGGGCCGGAUCAUCGGUAUCGCUCAAAAAGCAGUCGCUGAACGCUACCGGCCGGAUCCCAAGACACAGGCCGAGGCUGAGUCACACCUGCAGAUCAUCGCUGGCUCCGAUUCGACGUCUUCUGCUCUACGCAUAACAAUGAUGUUGUUGAUCGGCAGUCCAGUGGCGUACCAAAAGGUCGUUACCGAGAUCGACAGGGGGUUGCGAGCGGCAAAAUCUCCUACCCAAUCGUCAGGUACAGUGAGGCCGCCGAGCUGGAGGAUCUAUCUGCCUGUAUCUGGGAAGGUAUCAGAAUCUUCCCCCCCUUUGUUUGGCCUUCUGAGCAAACUCGCUCCCCCUGAGGGUGAUACAGUCAACGAAGUCUUCUUCCCGCUGGGGACCGAAGUGGCUUUCUGUUGCGAGGGGAUUGGGCAGGGAACAGACAUCUUUGGAGCAGACGCAGAUCUGUAUCGCCUGAUAGAUGACUACAUCCUGAUCCGGAAGUCAAGGCCGGGUACUUGA